GGAGAGCAGAGGAAAAAUAGGGAAUGGACCGCUGCACUGUGUCAUUGCUGAACUGAGAAGCUGCAGGCAGCAUGAGCAUGAGUGACACCCUCUUCAAGAGAUAGCUGAAUAGGUGCAGUCGCUUCUAAGCAUGAUGAGCACCCAGGUGUGGGUCCUCUUCUUCAUGGUGAAUUUACAAUCUCUACAGCUCUCACUCUGCCAAGAGCGCCAGAGUGCAGAUGACUCCAGCAAUCAGAGCUUGAGCAGUAUACUGCCCAGUGUGUUCCCUGACAACCAUAUGCACAAUCUGUCCCGCAAACUCCUGCAGUUUGUCCAAUCAGAUCUCAAGAACAAGACACACCUGGAAGCUCUGGAUGUAGCUCUGAAAAACCAUGUGGGACCAAUCUCCAAAGUACAGAAUCUUGACCUGUCUGGAAAUGGCCUUUACUCAGACAUGAUUGACUACCUUCUGAGAGAUGCUUCUGCUCUUACCAAUCUUUAUUUAAACGAAAAUAGCAUAACAAAAUUAGGCAAUAGUACAUUCACUAGUUCCUUUUCAUUAAGAAACAUUGACUUACAUAACAAUGUCAUCCUAGAGAUUGAAGAUGGCACAUUUGAUUCUCUGCUUAAUCUCACCGAGCUGGAUUUAUCAGUGAAUUCCAUCUCAUGCAUUAAUGACUUUAACCUGUUCCAGCUGAAAUCAUUAAACCUAAGCAAAAACAGCAUGACCUCCUUCCAGAGCAUUGAAUCAAACCAAGAGUUUGAGUUGCUCUACCUGGAACUGAGAGAGAAUAAGAUGCACUACUUUCCUGUUCUGCCAAGGAGGAACAAGAUCAUCUAUCUUGACCUUUCACGAAACCAGCUGCAUAGCUUGAACAGCACAGGUCCAGAAGAUGAGCUACAGUAUCUGAGGGAUAUAGAAGAACUGACCCUUGCUCCACUUCACAGCAGCAAAACACACCAGAAACUUCCCAGACUUCUGUACUUAGACCUGAGUUAUAACCAGCUCAAGGCUGUGCCUCCUGAUUUCUUCUCCAGCUUGGUGGCUCUGGAUACCCUGAACAUCAGCAAUAACUGUCUGGAUAACAUUGUGGUAGACAUUGAGAGUCCUCUAAAUGCACUGAAGACCCUUGACCUGAGCUUCAACAACCUACAGAACCUGACCUUUAUGGAAAACACACUGAGGGAACUGCAGACUCUCUACCUACAGGGCAAUAUUCUCAGUAUGCUGGACUCUGGAGUCUUUCAUUUACCCAGCAUCACCAACCUGCAUUUUCAGUUUAAUGAACUGAACAUCUGUGGUCCACAACAAAACCAAACCAGUGGCUGUGUCUCUCUCUUCUCUAUCCCUACCCUGCGAUACAUUUACCUAUCUGAGAACAAACUGACUUCCUUGCCUGCACAUGCCUUCCAGGGAAGUCCAUUGCUCAUCCUGGACCUAUCUCUGAACCCUAACAUAAAAAUCAGUGAACAGGCCUUCUCGGGCUUGGAGAGGUCCCUCACCCAUCUCUACUUGAGAGGAAACCAGCUUGAAAAGCUGAACAUCAGCCUCUCACCCUUACGCAACCUAAAGGUGCUGGAUUUGACCAAUAACCUGUUAGAUGGCCUGUUUCUGGGCAGAGACUCUGCCAUCGAGAGUCUGAAUCUGGAGAACAACAAAGUCAAGAUUCUAGAUCCUUCCACAAUAUUGGCACUAGAGAAGACACUCAGAACUCUAUAUCUUGACUCAAAUCCACUCAUUUGUUGUGAAAACAUGCAUUUGAUCAGUUUUUUACAGCAGUCCCAUGUUGACAUUGACAAUGCCACAUGCCAAUUCACAAGUGACACUGGGUACGGGAAAGUCAGCCUCAGGGAUGUGAGAUCUGAACACUGUGAAACUCUGAACAGCAAAGUGCUUGUAAUUGCUAUGAUCGCUGUACUGGUUUUGGGACUAAUGAUUGUAUUGCUGGUGGCCAUAAAGAUGUGUCACUCAAGAAGUCACAGAUUCAACAGUUACAAGGCUUAAAAUAUUCUGGAGAAGAAACCAAGAAAUGUAUAUUAAUGUUAUCAGAUGUCAGGUAUUGACCUGCAAGACAAAAACUUUCAUCUGCAUGACUUAAACAGCUCACCUCCAUCAGGUAGAAUAAUAUAGCCCAAUUAUAAAGACUGGGAAGCCAUAUACAUGCUGAAUAACUAUACAUGGAAUAAAAAUGUGACUGGUAUCACAUGAGUUCAGUAGAAGGUCCCUCUGCAGGGAGUUACUGGAAAUAUGUAAUAUGUGGGAUGGGGAAAUGGCUAAAAUGGUUGUUCCAUGUAGAAACACUAACACCAGCAAAACGAAGUUGACUAGACACAUAAGCCCAAGAUAAUUGCCUGAAGAAAAAGGUUUCUAUAUGUAGAGAAACAUGAGGAUCAGCAAACAUUAAGAAAGAAACCAUUGCUCUUACUUGAUGUAACAAUGACAGACAGUAAACAGACGAAGGACCAGCAUUUGUGUGAUUUAGUUAUGUAUACAAAUUGAAGAUGUCUUUAUUUAUGUCAGCAAUGUCAUUUUGGGUGGUCAGUACAUUUCCCCAGGUUGUUUAACAACUAUUCUUUUGCACUUUAAAGACUAUGCUAUAUGAAUAUUAAAGAUGUGUUAAAUGCUAUGGUAUUGUACACAUUGUAUAUUCGAAUAACCAAACUCAGCAAAAACACUAUAAAGCAAGCACCUACUACAGUUUUGCAUAGGGGUAGAGAAUAAAAAUGGAUUUAAAGCUUUCACACCGCUCAUGAAUAAAUUGUCAUCUUUAAGGUUAGCGGCAGUGAUGACUUUGCAUAUAACAUAUUACAUAUAAAUGUAAUAUAUCCUUAGAACUUCCUAACAAGCUAAUGUGGCAUGGGAGUCAUGGGACCAGGCCGAGACCAUGUGAAGUGUGGGUGUGUUUGAGAUAUGAUUUAACCGAGCCAGGAAGUGUUGCUGUCCGGACACCUGCAGUAAAACUGGAGCAUGUUUUCACAGCUUUAGGACUGCUACAGUUACCUUUCCUGUUAUUGAUUUGGUCUUUACAACUCUGAAUCUGAAUAAGAUGUUAUUGUUACUUAGCCAAAAUGUAGCUGUUUUGUUGAUGGAAAUCUUGUCAUUUUAUUUACAUUUUCAAAAAUCUAACGAAUGUAUAAUAUUCCUUCGGCGUAUUUGAGUAUCCUAUUUAAGGAAGCAUUCAUUCAGAUUAUUUUAUUAAUAGAUUUCAGGGUGACAGCUGUUUAAACUCGCUGUCUAUACCAGGACCUGGCAUGACUAAAAUAGACAGGAGGAAAUCCGUGUGUGAUUGAAUGUGUCAUCACUUUGUGUAUAAAUAGAAGUUCAUUUCAUAGGUUGUUGACGCUGUAAUGAUACGAUAUUUCCUCAUAUGUAAUUCAUGGUCACUACCACUUCUUGUUUAAAAUCCCACGCAAUCCACAUCAGCCGAAACUAGAAGCGGUCGCAUACAUACACCUACACACUGCUGUUCAAACUGUCUCCUGCUCCAAUCCACUAAAUAUUAAUGCUUUAUAAAGGAAUUAUAAAAAAAUAUAUGAAGAAUGUAAAAGAGAUGUAUAUUUAUGAAUAUCCGUAUUUUGUUAAAUAAAUGAUCUGUCCUGUGUAA